UCCCUUGCCUCUUUUAGGAAUGGAAGUCGACUAUUACCCAAUUGUUUAUCUGCAUGAGUUUUACCUUUAUGGAUAAAUCGCAUUGAAAGUAAAGAAUCUCUAUUUUGUCUUGAUGUGUUUGCUUAUAUUGCUUGUCACUUCUGGUAUUAAUGCCUCAGUGUUUCAUUCAAGCAAGUGUAAAAAAGAGAAAAAGAUAGAAAGUUAACAGUGUCUCAGUGAGGAUUGAGGGUUGAAUUCUGAUUACUUGCAUGAUGCUCGUGAUGGAAUAUUGGCAUUCGUGUUCGCUUGAUACUCACUUAUCUACGUUGAACAAUUUCUGGGUUUUUGUUCUGCCAAUUUUAGUUUUCUUGCUUUUCCGAAAAUUUGUUUCUUGAACUCAUGCCUCUGGAAAAAGUUAAUGGCAUAGUUUUGUUUAUCCAUUCAUUUUACAUUGUUUUAUUUUUUGGAGCUGUUUUAUGUAUUGAAAACUCUUCCUACUAUAAAUGUAAUCUUUUUUAUUUUUACUCUUUAAAACAAAAGAAAUUAUCGGUUGAACUAUUUGAGUUGAACACUAGGCUGUAUAAAAUUCUUUUCAGCUGUUUACAGUAUCUUCUUAUCUGCUUUAAGCAAUGAAAGUGUUUUAACUGUUUGAACUGAAUUCAUAGUCACUUUAAGUGUGGACUCUCGUUUCUUAUUCAAAAAUAGAGCAUUUAAGCAUUAAUCCAGAAAAUAUGGUGAUCGAUGUAUCAAGUUUAAAUAAUUUACUGAGUUUCUUAACAGGAUCAUCAAAACGUACUUGGCAGCCUGUCAUGACUGCCGAUACAACUGCUCUAAGUUAUUGGUUGAACUGGAGGUUCUUCCUAUGCGCAUUAUUUCUCUUACUUGCUAUGGUAUUUGCGGCACUUCUAAUAUGGAAAUAUGAAGGAUCCAGGAAAUUAAAAUCUGAGAGGAGAGAAAAUCGAAAAGAAAGAGUGGGACUUUUAUACGAGGGUGAACCUUGGAAGACAUGUUUAAAAGGAAUUCAUCCUGCUUGGUUGCUUUUCUUCAGGAUCGUUUCUUUCAUCAUCAUGUUGUCAUUGAUCACAGCAAAUGCUGUUGUUGAUGGAGUUGGCAUAUUUUACUUCUAUACACAGUGGACUUUUACUUUGGUUACAGUCUAUUUUGCGCUUGGAUCUUCAUUCUCCAUUUAUGGUUGUUGCAAACAUCGCAAUGGAUUCAAUGCUGAUCAGUCUUAUCUUGAGAAUUUAGAUGCAGAGCGAGGUAGCUAUAGAGCUCCCUCACUUGAGGAAACUUCAGAUAUAUCCGACUUGCCCAAAAGGCUAAAUAUAAAUGGAGAACCUCAUGGUCGCCAAACUGCAGGUGCAUGGGGCUAUAUCUUUCAAAUUAUUUUUCAGACAUCUGCAGGUGCUGUGGUGCUCACUGAUAUUGUAUUCUGGUUCAUUCUUUAUCCAUUUCUAAUGGCCAAAGAUUACAGUCUUGAUUUUCUGAAUGCCUGUAUGCACUCGGUCAAUGCCAUUUUACUCCUUGGGGACACAAUGUUAAAUUGUUUGCGGUUCCCCGUAUUUCGAAUUGCGUAUUUUGUUUUUUGGACAAGCUUAUUUGUGAUCUUUCAAUGGAUCAUCCAUGCUUGUGUUUCAAUGUGGUGGCCAUAUCCAUUUCUGGACUUAUCAUCUCCGUAUGCUCCCCUGUGGUAUGUACUGAGGCUGUCUUUGUAUUUAGGAGUGGGGUUGAUGCAUAUCCUGUGUUACGGGGUGUUUGUUCUGAUAAUUAGGCUGAAACAUUUUUGGUUGUCAAGAUCAUUUCCAGAGUCCUAUCAGGGUUUUAGGUGAAAAAGGGAAUUGCAGUUGAUGCCACUCAGCCACAAGUUAACCAAAUUAGCCCAUAGCACCCGACUGUUCUUUUUGGGACAGUAUUGAGCUCCUUAAUACACUAGUGCCAUUGGUUGCUGAGCAAGAUCAUUACUUUUCAGAGGGAGCAGCUGUGGAGUAGGAGAAUAUACUCAUCAUUUAUUCGAGUACAGAGUUUUUGAUGAAAGAGCAACGCAUAUAAGAUUAUUUUCCUUCUGCAAGAAGAUCAAGUAAGCAUGGAGACUCAGAAAUCAAAGUGUGAAGAUUUGUGAUGUAUGUAGCAAUUUUUCUUGGAUCUCCUCCAAAGAUUGAUUUUUACCAAACAAUAUAAAUUGUGCUUGCAUGAUUAAACAUGGAAUUGACAGGGCAGCUUGCCUAAUGGUUAUUAUUUGCAUCUAGCUUCUUUUCUUUCCUAAUUAUAUUACAACUUUAGCCU